AUGGUCACUUCAGUUGGAUUUCCCGAGCCCAAUGGCUCUGCUCACGUCAACGGCACUCGCCGUUGUGUUGCCGAUGGCACCCUCGACAUCACAGUUAUGGGAAUGAACAGCGGUACGGCCAUGGAUGGCAUUGACUGCGCCCUGGUUCGUUAUCGCCAGGCUUCACCUGAAGCUCCUUUGCACAUGGAGAUCCUUAAGUACGACGAGUUCCCUGUUCCGCUGGAUAUCAAGAAGCCCGUCCUCACCAUGCUUCGCGAAACAAAAACUACUCCCUCCCUCAUGUCCCAGCUGAAUGUCCAGCUCGGCAACAUGUUCGGCGAGACAGUCAAGCUCUUCUGUGAGAAGCACAACGUACCCAUCGAUAGCAUCGACCUCAUCGGCUCGCACGGCCAGACCAUUUGGCUUCUCUCCAUGCCCGAGAUUAGUGAGACCCGGUCCGCCUUCUGCCUCGGCGAGGGAACUAUCAUGAGUGGCUUGACCCACAUCACUACAGUUACCGACUUCCGCAUGGCUGAACAGGCGGUCGGCCGCCAGGGUGCUCCUCUCGUCGCUUUGAUCGACGGCCUCCUCCUUCAUCACCCCACUGAAUGGCGCAUCUGCCAGAAUAUCGGUGGUAUCGCUAACCUCUGCGUUAUUCCACCGGACAGCGAGGGCGGCGUCGAUGCCAUGGUCGACUGGGACUGUGGCCCGGGUAACAUGUUCAUCGAUGCCGCAAUGCGCUACUUCACCAACGGCGAGAUGGAGUAUGACCGCGACGGCGAGUGGGGUGCUCAGGGUACCAUCAACCAGGCAGUAGUCGACAAGUUCCUCGACAACAACAAGUACUGCAACCAUCUGCCCCCUAAGACGACGGGUCGUGAGACCUUCGGUGACAACGGGGCCCAGGAGAUCAUCGACGAGUGCUUGGCUCUGGGCAUGAGCAAGUACGACAUCAUCGCCACUAUCACCCGCACCACCGCCCAGAACAUUGUCAAGCAGUACCGCACCUUUUUCCCCCGGUUCAACAUUGAUAUUGACAAGAUCGCCGGUGUCUAUAUGUGCGGUGGUGGUGCCCACAACCCCAACAUCAUCAAGUACCUCAAGGCGCAGCUGCCAAAUUCGAAGAUUCUCAGUCUUGAUGAGACGGGUAUUCCUUCCGAUGCCAAGGAGGCAGUUUCGUUCGCUCAGCAGGCUCUCGAGGCUAUCCUCGGCCGUGCUGCUCUUGUUCCUAUUAACAGUGACACGCUGACUCCGAAUACCAUCUCGGGUAAGAUUGCUCCGGGAUUGCGUUGGAGAGAAGUUAUGGCAAUGGCAGUGGAAUUCGGAAAGGGUCAAGCCCAGUUGCCGACGGUCAAGGAGAUGAUAAUUGACCGGCCUUACACCGAAUGGAAGCCUUAG